UAAACCCGUCACAUUAACCUCAAACGAAAUGUCUUUAUGUGUUUCCGUCAUUUUGUCGGCGUUGACAUGACGUAAUUACCGCAUUGUAUUUGAAUAAUAAUAAAUUUUUGUAAACUUAAACCGUUAGUUAAGUACAAGUUUUAUAGUGGCAUAAUUCACAAAGGAGAAAUUGUUGCCGCUAUUGCGAUUGCUUAUUGUGUUUGACAUGGAUUGUAAAGCCAUGAAAUUUCAGCUUCCAAGUGGAAGACUCAUGCCCUUAAUUGGAUUUGGUACAUUUCAAAUCCAUGGGCGCAGUCUAAUUAGAGAAGUUCUUGACUAUGCACUUGCUGCUGGAUAUCGACAAAUAGAUACAGCAGCUGUUUAUGGCAAUGAGGAAGAUAUUGGACACGCAUUAAAAGAGUUGUUACCAAAAUACAAUUUAAGAAGGGGAGACAUAUUCAUUACAUCAAAGUUAUCACCAAGUGAUCAGGGUGAUCAAGCACUUCAAGCCUUACAACAAUCUGUUGAAAACCUCAACUCUGGUUAUCUUGAUCUUUACCUUAUCCACUGGCCUGGUGCACAGGGAAUUCCAGGAAACCAUCCCGACAAUGUUAAAUUAAGAUCUGCCAGUUGGGAAGCAUUAAUGAAAGGUGUAGAACUCGGAUUGGUUCGAGAUAUUGGUGUGUCCAAUUACACAGUACGACAUUUAAAUGAAUUGUUGAGUAAAAACUAUAGUGUAAGACCAGCUGUUAAUCAAGUAGAAUGGCACCCACAUUGUCAUGGUGCUGAUUUAAAGAACUUCUGUAAAAGUCAAGGCAUAUUAUUACAAGCUUACUCUUCUUUGGGAGGUUCUAACAAUCCAAGGUUGAUCAAGGAUCCUGCUGUUGUACAAAUUGCCACAAAAAUUAAGAAGAGCCCUGCACAAGUUUUAUUGCGUUGGGCCCUCCAGCAGAAUAUUGGCAUCAUUCCAAAAGCUAGGUCUAAAGAACACAUUGAAGCAAAUAUUGAUCUUAAUUUUGUCAUUUCUGAUGGAGACAUGAAUACACUAAGCAAUAUGACAAAAAAAGAAAAAUAUGCCUGGGACCCAGAAAGAAUAACAUAAGUGAACACUUCCAAAUGUUAAAUAUUCUUGUAUUGAAAUAAAGUGGUAUAUCAUUUUGCA